UGAAGUAACAUAACAGUGAGAAAACAGGUAGAGAGGAAGAGAGGAGAUUAAGGCUAUGGAGGGAAGUGGGAUUAGGAAAGUUGUGAUUGUGUUGAUGAUGUUGGUUGCAGUCAUGCUUGAAGUGGCAGCAUCAAGAGAUGCCCCAGUCUAUUCAGAGAAAUGCUAUAGAGAUUGCUACAAUUGGUGCCCUGUCAAAGGCCACACCUGGUGUGCCACACUGUGUUCAAACAAAUGCACUAAGGGCGGCCCCUCCGUCCCAGAUGCCCUCUGCAACUGCCUUUUCAGCUGCACCCAGUACAUCUGCCCUGACUUUGGCACUGAUCCAAAUACUGAUCCAAAGAAGGUACAGAAGUGUCUCAACAAAUGCUAUGAUAUCUGCGACGUCAAGCUAAUCUAGUUAUUACUAGUUCAUGAAUAUAUAUAAACCAAAAAUGUACUGGGAAUUAAUAAGAAGGCAAUGUGAAGUAUCUCAUGUUGAUGAACAUUUCCUUCAAUAAACCAGUUGAUUUGAUGGUA